CACUCCGAAUAAUCACCAAAGGAAAGUAGUCCGAAAAGACGGACAUGAACAUCCUUUUGGUGAACUUUGUUAUUCGCAGACACGCACACAUCGUUACCGCAAUUUGUCGGGGUACGGCAUUUGCCUGCACAAACAGGAAGUGCAUAGGGCUCCCUUCGGUUGUUAAGACCGAGGCAUCGGUCGAAGGCUCCCUCUUUGGCCGAAAAAUUUGAGGACCUCAUACAAGCGAGAAGAAAUCGAGGGUUCGGCCCCAAAAAAUAGACCGACCAUGACCGUCCUCCUUGACAAAAUAUCAGAGGGGACUUUCGUGAUACCCGCCCGUGACGGUGCUUCCGCUUUCGGGCAAGACGCUGCUACAUUCAAAGAGUCGGAAGGCUUCCAAAGGCUGUUCGUCAACAAGGAACGGAAGGACCUAUGCAACCUUCGGCAAACUGCCUGUAAGAAGAGAUGGAGCGCGAUCAAGGGCGCUUUUAAUAGUAUCUUAGCUCGACUGCAUGCCGACGGGGUUGAAGACAUUGUCAAGUUCGUGCGGCAGCCGAACGAAGGUGGAUCCGACCUGUAUUGCGGAUAUCGAAGCGCAAGAGAUGCUUGCACCCAGAUCCCCACCGGAUUGAUUCUGACAGGCAUCAACACGCCGGAUCAUGAGCAACAGUUCAGCGAAGUGGCCUCGAAGAUUUCGGCUCUGGAGAAUUUCGCUGUGGCUACAUUACCCGCAACGAGUUGCGACUCGUUGAGCUCAACGCUGAAAACUAUGAUAGCCCAGCUGGUGGGCUCGGGUGAUGACGUGGAUGAUGAGAUGGCUCAGGUGCCACGCGGUUCAACCGGACGGGCACGAGCGAAAUUGCCAGCGGACGACUUGCAGAAACUGACGGGGUGGCAUAAGCGGAAAGGAGGAAACAAAACCUUGGUGGUAAUCCUACCCGACUUGGAGCACUUCCAGCCACAUAUACUGGAGGAUCUGGUUCAGAUUCUGAAGGAAUACAUCUCCAUAAUACCGUUUGUCUUCUUGCUGGGGGUGGCAACGUCGACCGAAACCGUCAGACAGAUGAUCACUGAGAGAGCGCUCGGGUCCCUGCAUAUGACAACCUUUCGAACCCGACAUUCACUGGAGUGCAUGAAUGGUGUUGUGGAAGAGAUCUUCAUUCAGCGACCCUCGGCUGCGGACGGCAUGUCUGUUGGGUUCCACCUCGGGGAGGGCCCGUACAAGUUGAUGACAGAUCAUUUCCUAUUGCGGACACAUUCCAUCGGGACAUUUGAGAGGACACUCAAGUAUGCUGUCAUGGAUUUCUAUUAUACGAAUCCCCUGUCGGUGCUGCUGGAUGUGUCGCAAAGCGAGGAAGAUGACACUCUGGUCAAUAAACUGGGAGAAGAGCAUCUAGUCAGGAUUCGGAUGUUGAGGUCAUUCAGGAGGUAUCUAGACCGAUUGAAAGAAGACGACCCAGGAAAGGCUGCCAGCAUCCUCAUAAAUGAUGACGAGCUGAGAUCGUGGCUUUUCGAAUGCGUCGCCUUAUGGGAUCUUUACCAUCUUCGGUAUCGCGCUGGGCUGGCUUGCAUCAAAGCGCUGCAAGCCACACUCGGUAAUCCGAGUUUCAGGAAACCGAUAUGGGCAUUGCACAAGGACGGUCUGAGCGGUGAUCUCCUUGCGUCUCCCUAUCUGGAAGGCUUGCUCAAAGUUCUCCUGAAACAGAAAGUGUCCAAAAUUUCGGAAUGCCUGAAUGCUUGUCUCCUGACAUUGACACGCGAUGAAAGGACCCAAGAAGCAUGUGAAAACGAAUCCGACAUGCUGCAAGUCCUGAUCGGAGACUUUGAGGAAGUGCAAGCGAUGCAGUCCAACAGCGGUGACGAAGGUGAUGCGCUGCAACCGCCGAUGAAGAAACGCAGCUUGCGGAGCAGGGAUGCGCCCGAGGCCUUCAAGGCCAGCGUGAAUGCUCGCGAGGAGAAGCUGCAGGAGUACACCAAGGUCACCCGCGAGCUCUUUGACAACUUCUUUGGCGAGUGUUUUAGAUCGUAUCGCGAACUGCCUUUGCAUGAGGUGUUUGUGUAUUCGAACGCCAAGCUGCUGGAAAGGGCAUUCCACCCUCAGCCACGAGCCGCAAUACAAACAGCCCUCGGGCACACGACCAACUACCUCAACUGCGCCUGCUGUCCUACCUCCGCUGGAGAAUCUGCCAUCUCUCAUACCCUACAGGACACGAGCAUCGUGUACCGUCUGUACCUCGAAUGCGGGUCAAUGAUCAAUCUAUACGAUUGGUUCAUGGCGUUUUCUGCCGUUCUAGAGAAGGAAGUACCACCAGCGGCAGCAUCUGCCGCGGAGAGUGACGAAAAUACCCCACCGGCGUCGAAUCGCGACGACGCCCAACUUCGAUUUUUCGCUGCGGUUGCGGAGCUGGAGUAUCUUGGGUUCAUUAAGAGUACGACGCGGAAGACGGAUCAUGUUGUGAGGCUUACGUGGGGCAAUGUUUGACGCUCCAUCGAAUGUUGGACGAAUUUUUGGAGUAACUGGAUUAGGGUGUAUUGAGGUUUGCUCCUCUUUUGUAUAUUUUUUUAGGCUGCUUCUUUGUAUAUGAUUCGAGUUCCGCAUGUUUCUUUCCUGGCGGCGUACUGGCGGACGAUGGCAACAAUAUGAUAAUGCUAUGCAUGUUUCAAACGGCGCCGUGCAUGUAUAUGGAAUGGAAUAUGAAAGCUUCUCGCAGCGAAAACACUAUACACAACUUUGCCCUCCCUUCCUUUGCUAAACGAUUUUGGUAUUGCCACCGUUGAUUUCGACUUUGCACACUCCCUAU